AUGAAACUCAAGCAAUACGUGGUGGAACCCCCAUUAGAAGGAGAAACAUUAUCAGAAGACCAAGUUGAUUCUGAAAAGCAAGUUUACUUGGAUGUUGCCGAGGACUCCAAAGACUCGGAUGCAGCCGCAAAGAAGAAAUUCGCUACCACAUCGUCAAGUUCAAAACUAGCGAGCAAAAAAGAAAGCUCCUCAGAAGAAGACACUGACGUCGAUGACGAAGAUACAAAAAGACCUAAGAAGAAGAAAGAAAUAAUGAUUCAGAUAAAUAAAUAUUCCGACGGCGAUAAUGAUUUAACUAGGUUAAAACUAAAUAAAUCAAAAAAGUCCUGGAUUUUUAUCUGA